AUGUCACACAAACAAAUAUUGGAUUAUGAUUAUAUCCCUGGUACUAGUGAUGAAUUAAAUUAUGUACGUGAAUACCCAAAUUUGGAGAAAUUAGAAAUAUUUGAAUAUUUUGAAUAUAUUAAUAAUUCAAAUAUAUCAACUACUGAAUUACUAUAUCUAGAUUAUUGUAAGAAUUUAAAAGAAUUAACUUGUUCUCGUAUUAAUCUAACUAUUUUAGAUCUUAAACAAAAUAACGAAUUAGAACGUUUAAAUUGUUAUAAUAAUUUAACCAAAGGAAGUUAUAAUCAAUUUUAUGGUUCUUUAAAACCUUUAGAAAAUCUCAGUAAAUUAAAAGAAUUAAAUAUUUCCAAUACUGAUAUUGAUAGUGGAUUGGAAUUUUUAUCAGAAAGUAUUGAAAUAUUUCGUUGUUCAACAGAUUAUUAUAAAGCUAAAUCAUACAAGCAAAAACUUCAAUAUGAAUCUCAAGAAUUAAAAACUCAAUUGAUGGAAUUGAAACAAAAAAAAGAGGAUUCUGAUCGAAAUCUUCUUAAUUUAGAAAUGAUUGCUGAAAUUUAUUAUCAAUACAAACUUAAUUUACAAGAACAAUUAGAUCAAUCAGAAGCAAGAAAUCAAGAAUUAAAACUUUUAUCAGCUAAACAAAUUAGGGAAUUUGCAGAAAAAGAAAGUACUUUUCAAAUUCAAAUUGAUUUCCUGCAAAAUGAAAAUCAUACCUUGGUUGGAAGUUUAGCUAUACAAUUGAAACAAAAUAAACUAACUAAUAAGCAAGUACAGUCUCAAAUUGGAAAAUUAAAAAAAGAUAAACUUGAACUGCAAGAGAAAUUGAUUAAAUCAGCUGCUUGCAUUCAAAAAUUAAAAUCUCAAAAAGCAAACUUGAUUAAACAGAAAGAUUCAUUGGAAGAUAAAUUAAAUCAAUCCCAAACCACUUAUUAA